GAAGAAGAAGAAAACAACAAAAAAAUGGCGACAAAUACAGUAGCUAUGCCUCCGAACUUUCCCAAAUGUGAAGCCAUUUCCAAAGGCUAUAACUUCGCUUCUACUUGGGAACAGAAUGCGCGUUUGACGGAGCAGCAGCAAGGAGCAAUACUGAUGCUAUCUCAUGCUAUUGCCGAACGGCCCUAUCCGGCCAAUUUGGCUCAAGAGAGAACCUCUGGCCAAGAUACUGGCUUGUUUGUUUGUACAAAGGCUAACAAUUUCGGUGAUUCUGGAGCUAUUGAGGCAAUUUUGGUUAAUACUAAUCAGUUUUAUAAAUGGUUCACAGACCUUGAAUCGGCCAUGUGGUCGGAGAUUUGA